CGGCACGCGGCGGUCUCUGGUUGCUGAGCAGCGGCGGAUCUUCAUCACCGUCAUCAUCAUCACCGUCACCUUCCUCCUCCUCCUCUUCCUCACCGUCACCGGCGGCGGAGACUCAAAGUUGCGGAGGCUCCGGUGCUCCGUGGUCACAACGGAGGGGCUCCCGGGAUACCGGACUCUGGACUCCAUGGGAACGGAUCAGUGUGUGUGUUUAAUGGAUCCCCGGUGCUCUAAUUGAUCGCCUCUAUUGGAUCAGUAACGGAUUUUUAAAAUUUUAUUUAUUUUUAUAGCUCCUCUCACGGAUUUUUUUCUGGAACGGAUUUCGCGACCGUCCUGGGCGGACCGGUGGCUUCCUCCGGUCGGGACUCAACUUCCUAAUAAUCGACCACCGGAGCUCCUCUCUGCUCCCCGGGGCUCGGCGCUCCUCAGCGUGGGAGGGAAGCGGAGAAGUUCCCGGAGCUCCGGAGGAGUUGCAGCCGAUGUCCCCCCGGUUUAACGGGAGCUUUAACAACCGGAUAACGUCUGAGUGAUGUGACUUCCAUCAGGGAUCGAUUCCUGGAUAAAAAAAUAAAUAAAUAAAUAAAACGAGCCACAUUUUUGACCCUCUUCCCCCCCGGUUCUCCGCUUCAACCGGCGCCCGUCUCACCGACACCUUCCCCGUUUAUCAAUCAGCCCAGGUGCCGUUCCAUCCAUCAGCCGCGGAUCGUUUAGAGCCGCCCGGUGAACGAUCUGCUGCUCGGUGAAAUAAACCCACACGCUGGCUGUAAAUUAUCUACUUAACCCCCUCCGGAGAGAGUUAUUGCCUUUAUUAAGGCGCUGCCUCCGUCCGCGGCGACAAGCUCAUUUUCGUUUUUAAAAACGUGCCAGAGACAAACGCGGCAGCCUCCCGCUCGUUUUAAUCAACUUUAAACGGCUCAUCUGCUGCGGGAGAAGAAAAAAAAAAAGCAAUUUAAAACCACCUGGAGCUCCAUGGGACACAUUCUGACAAGCAGAUUUGGGGAAACUGCACCAAAAUUCGUAUAAAAACACUGCUUAUUUUUUUAGCAUCAAAACUGUAAAUUUGCACCAAACAACUCCCGAAUCAUAAUAAUCUCAGACUCGUGGCUCCUUUUUCUGACUUUAUCGUCUAGCUAGGGGCUUUAAUCUCCCACCGAAUCAUCGUAAUAAUCCCGUAACGGCCCAUUGGGUGGUUUAUUUGUGUGUUAAUUGCAGAUCUGGAGAGCUUUAACUCAGAACAAAUUAACUUUAUAAGUGUCCAGGGACCAGAACCUGCCACUACAAGUCUCUGGUUGUUGGUUCAAGCUUUGUAAAGGAUUUCUAGCAUCACAAUUUUUAUUUUUAAAAGCACAAUCUGUGAGGAAAUCCUGCUAAAUCAGCUUUAUUCUCCUCGCAGGCUUUGACACCUCAGAGUGUCUGCGGUGGUUUAGCUUACCCGGCUGGUUUUUCCCCACUGAGAGUCUAUGGAUGCUUUGCUCACUGUAUAGCCACAUCCUCAACAGCAAACCUCCUCCUCCUCCUCUUCUUCCUCCUCUGCUCUUGAAACCGAGCCAUGCAGCAUUGAUUUCUUCCUCUCCGUUUGCCGCUAAUCGCACAUCCCGUCCACUCUCGGUUUGUCGGGUUUGUUGCCUGAAAUGUGAGUCGUGCCGCGGUGUUUGUUUCCCGAGCUCGAAGGACGUCCGUCGGGAGGUCGGAGGUCGUUGGAAGUGCAACCGCUGCAGCUCCAAGUGGAGGUUCUCAACUGGAUAAACUCCUCUGGGUAUCGAUGAAUCUCUCCCCAACUCUAAAGUUUGAGUUUUUUUUUGUUGUUGUAGAGAUAUCCAAAGUUAGAUGGGACUAAACGACAGCAGCCCCGGCGCCAUGCGCAACGGUCGCGGCCUCUCGGACCAGUGGGCCGAGUCAGUGGUGGUGCGGCCUCGAACCACCGAGCGCCACAUCACGGUGCACAAGCGCCUGGUGUUGGGUUUCGCCUUGUCCAUCCUCACCCUGAUCAUUGUGACCGCCGUCGCCGUGGUGCUCAGCGUCCGGUUCGAGGAGUGCGGCAGCGGACGGGACCGUGAUGGGUCAGCCGGUGAGUCGGGGUCCAGGGGGUCGGCGAGGCUGAACGGGAGCCGAGGCGAGAGGACCGGGGAGCGGGGUGACGAGGAGGCAGUGCAGCCCUGGAGGAACUCGCGGCUACCGGGCACGGUGAGGCCGCGGCACUACGACUUGCGGCUCGCUGUCUACAUGGACAACUUCACCUUCUCCGGGGAGGUCAGCAUUGAGCUGGAGUGCGUCAACGCCACCAGGUUCAUCGUGCUGCACACCGACCGCCUUGAGGUGGAUCGGGUCUCCGUCACAGCGGAGAGCGGCGGUGGCGGUCGUCCUGCCAACCGUCCGGGGGGCGGAGUCAUGCGCGUGCACCGCCACUUCCCGUUCCCAGCCAAUCAGAUGUACGUGGUGGUUCUGCACCGCGAGCUGAAGCCAAUGAGACUCUACAGACUCAAUGUGAGCUUCGACGCCGCCAUCGAGGACGAACUGCUGGGAUUCUUCAGGAGCUCCUACACCCUGCAGCGGGAGAGACGCUACCUGGCGGUGACCCAGUUCAGUCCGAUCCACGCCAGGAAGGCCUUCCCCUGCUUCGACGAGCCGGUCUACAAGGCCACGUUCUCGCUGAGCCUCCAUCACGACCCUCAGUACACGUCUCUGUCCAACAUGCCGGUGGAGAGCAGCUCGCUGUCCGACGAGGACGGAUGGACGACCAACAGGUUCGCCCGAACGCCUCGUAUGUCCACCUACUACCUGGCCUGGGCCGUCUGCAACUUCACCUACCGGGAGACGCAGAGUGACGCUGGCGUGACGAUCCGACUCUAUGCCCGACCUGACGCCAUCUCCAGCGGCGCCGGCGACUACGCCCUGCACAUCACCAAGAGGCUGCUGGGGUUCUACCAGGACUACUUCAAAGUCCAGUACUCGCUGCCCAAGCUUGAUUUGUUGGCGGUUCCUAAACAUCCGUAUGCCGCCAUGGAGAACUGGGGCCUCAGCGUCUUCGUAGAGCAGAAGAUCCUAUUGGACGCCGAGGUGUCGUCGUCGUCCUAUCAGAUGGAGCUCACCAUGGUGGUCGUCCACGAGAUCUGCCACCAGUGGUUUGGAGAUCUGGUGACUCCGGUCUGGUGGGAGGACGUCUGGUUGAAGGAGGGUUUCGCUCAUUUCUUCGAGUACGUCGGAACAGAUUUCCUCUUUCCAAAGUGGAACAUGGAGAAGCAGCGUUUCCUGACUGACGUCCUCCAUGAGGUGAUGCUGCUGGACGGCCUCAGUUCCUCCCAUCCCAUCUCACAGGAAGUGGAGCAGGCGACGGACAUCGACCGAGUCUUCGACUGGAUCGCCUACAAAAAGGGGGCGGCACUGAUCCGGAUGCUGGCUAACGUGAUGGGACAGCCGCUGUUCCAGAAAGGCCUCAACGAUUACCUGCUGAGCCACAUGUACAGCAACGCAGCCAGGAACGACCUGUGGAGUAAACUGUCGGAGGCAAUGCGUUCAGAGGGGCGGGACAUCGACAUCGGUGAGAUGAUGGACAGGUGGACUCUGCAAAUGGGCUACCCCGUCGUCACCAUCAGCAAGAACCAAUCGGAGCAGCUGCCUACUCAUUACAUCACCAUCAACCAGGAACACUUCCUGUACGGACAGUCGGAAGUCAGGAAGAACAACAGUCUACAGUGGCAGGUCCCGUUGACGGUCGCCGUGGGAAACGCAUCCAGCAUUUGUUCGGAGAGCCUCAUAUGGAUCAACAACAAGACAGAAACCCACAGAGUCAGCGAGAUGGACGGCAACACCUGGUUGCUAGGCAACAUCAACCAAACUGGAUAUUUCCGUGUGAACUACGACCUGCAGAACUGGAAGCUACUGAUUCAGCAGCUGCACAGCAACCCUCAAAUCAUCUCGAUUGGAAACAGGGCGGGGCUUAUCGAUGAUGCCUUCAACCUGGCCAGGGCGGGCUACCUCCCCCAGGGCGUCCCCUUGCAGCUGAUUGGCUACCUUCCGGAGGAGACGUCCUUCCUGCCGUGGCACGCCGCCAGUCGAGCGCUGUACCAGCUGGACAAGCUGCUGGACCGGACCGACGAGUACCGGCUGUUCAGCGACUACGUGCUGAAGCAGGUCGCGUCCCGCUACCAUCAGAUGGGCUGGCCGACCAACGGACCCGGGGCCGAGGGAAACGUCCUGCAGGCGUCUUACCAGACCGAGGAGCUGCAGAGGGAGCUAAUCAUGUUAGCUUGUAGCUUCGGGAACAAACAGUGUCACCGCCAGGCCGUCGCCUACAUCUCCGACUGGAUCUCCAGCAACAAGAACAGGAUUCCCCCCAACAUCCGAGACAUCGUCUACUGCACUGGGGUGAGUUUGAUGGACGAGGACGUCUGGGAGUUCAUCUGGAUGAAGUUUCACUCGUCCAACGCCGUUUCAGAGAAGAAGAUUCUCCUGGAGGCCCUGACCUGCUCGGACAACACCUUCCUGCUCAACAGGUUACUGAACCUGUCACUGACCUCAGAUCUGGUUCCAGAGCAGGACGUGAUCGACGUCAUCAUCCACGUCGGCAGAAACCCACAGGGUCGGAACCUAGCCUGGAAGUACUUCAGGGAAAAGUGGGACGUCCUGAACUCUCGCUACGGUGAAGCUUUAUUCAUGAACUCAAAGCUCAUCAGUGGAGUCACGGAGUUCCUCAACACCGAGAGGGAACUCAACGAGUUGAAAGAGUUCAUCCAGUCCAGUGGUGUGGGGGCGGGGCCUGCGUUGCCACGGGCGCUGGAGGUCGUCGAGGGCAACGUGCGCUGGCACCGCCUCCACCGGCGGCAGUUCUACCAGUGGCUACGCAAACCUCUGAGCCAAACCAUCGGCUAACGCUACGCCGGCCAGCUCGAGCAAAGCAGAUGCAGACUGACUGCUAAGCUAACGGAGCUAACGCUGGCUAACAGAUGCAGUCAGACAGAAUGAAACAAACUGUGUGAAUGAGCAGGAAAACUGGUUCAACCAGUUACUAAACUAGUUUCUUUACUGGUUUUGUUUUUACAGAAACUUAAUUUGAGACUUUAUUUCUGACUGGGUCCUUUGUUAUUUCCUCGACGUCUGGCUGACGUGGUUUAACUGGUUUCUGUGCUGUAAAAAAGUAAAGACAAAUUCAUUGGAGGCUACCAGUUGGCCUCAAACUUUUCUGUUAAUUUCAGUCAUAGGGAAGAUUGAAAACUUCUGCAAAACAUUUGCUGCCAGGUGAACUUUUAGACAUAAAUUUAAUCUGCUUGUUGAGUUGGAUUUAACAGUCUGGGUCCAAACGCUCCUUCAGAUCCCAAAAGCAAAUCGAAAACUUUCAGAUCUUAGACAAUGGUGAGUGUAGCUGUUCUCCCAGGUGGUAUAUUGAAGGUUAGAGUCCACUAAAAUGAGGAUUUACAAGGUUUAAUGGAGUUAGAAGUUAGUAGUCAGCUAACUAGUUGACAUCUAAAGAUGAUAUGCCAAAGUCUAGCUGAGGUUUUUCUAAAAUGUCUAAAACUUACAGAGCUUCUCUAAUGUUGAUAUUAAACUAAGAUGAAAACUAUGUACCAGUCAGGAUUUUGAAGGGUUAGUUAAGUUAGGCUAGUUAACCCUCUGAACUCCAACCACUUUCUGGGUGUUUUUGCUCCCGUCACAAGACUUUUAAUACCAUUAAUACUAAAAAAGGAAAAAGUAGACCUUCUUUGAUUAUUUAUUUGACAAGAACUGAGAAAAACUGGAAUUAAGAUGAGCAAGAUGUUUUGCAAGGUGUUACCAACACUGGAAACAAAACGUUAUCUGAAGGGUUUACGUUACGUCUUAACGAGCAGAUUAAAACUGGAUGAUUUGACCAACAACUUAAAAUGCACGGUAAAAUCUAUAAAUGAAAUGACUCGUUCAGAUUCAAAAAUUUACCUGCAGAGCAUUUUGUUGCCACUAAAUGUUGGCUUCAGUUCAGAAUGAAAAAAAAAAAAAAGACACAGCUUCCAAAGAUGGUUUUGAAACUGAUCGAGGUGAUGGACGUAUGUGGUGCUUUUUGAGGUUCCUUAUUGACUUCUAUCAAUGUUCUGAUGUUCUUUAGGAAUUUUUGUGGAACCUUUGUUGAGGAUUGUAGUUACUGAUAUUCAAAUAGAACCUUGAAUCAACCAAAACCAACCAGGGUAAACACCAAGCACCUUGCAUAUCUGUAGUUUUCGGCUUUUUUUAUUUCCUGAUUGAAACCCCUUGACUCCGAUGCAAACUCAUCACUGAACCAGAACGGUUUAAACCGGACCUCCUUGUGUUGACCACAUUUAACCAGUUGACAGUUGAAGGCAAAUUUCCCGGCGUCAUGUCGAUCUUUGAACAGAGGCAUAAUUAACGGUACAGCAGCUCUACAUCCUCUGAUCACAGAAUUCAUUCAGACUCAUUAACUCUCUACAACACUCGGACUGCUUCGGCUUUGUUUUCUUUUUCAUGAUCAAAACCUCCAGCAGUUUGCCGAAUAUUAGUCGGUUCCGGAGGCUUUGGGUGUUUCAGAAAUGCACUUAUGAAUAUAAAAGCAGACGACAACCUCAGAAUUUUCACUCUGAACCACAGAGAACAAGCAGAUGUGGAAGAAUAAUUGUUCAUGAGACACGAUGUGAUCAAUCAAAGAAGACACAGUUAGAAAUUAGAAUAAAUGAUUAUAAAACCAGUUUAAAGUGCAUUUAAAGUCAAAGACAUGUAUUACUGUCUUGUGUACGAUCUAUUACACGAAAAAAUAUAUUUUUAGUUGUAAACUGUCGUAAAUGAAGAAAAGAUCGUAUUUUGGGGUCGAUGUGUUUUCAUGUGAAAUGGCAACCUGCCUUGAAUUACGGAAUCUUUAGCCAUAACUACUCAUUCUCUGCACACUGCAAUUGUAAUGUGAUUGUGGAAAGUUACAACACAAAGUACAUGUUUUGCAUUUACAUUUUCUUAACGAGAUGGUAGAAAGCAAGCAAAAAUAGUGAUUUUUGUGCCAUUUUAUUGGAGCUCCAAAGAUUGAUUGAUUAGUUUUCAACUAUUAACCAAUCACCAACUAUUUUCAUAAUGGAUUCGUGGAUUUAAAAGAAAAAAAAGGCAGAAUUCUCUGAUUGCAGCUCCUUAAAAGUUAAUAUUUCCUGUUUUCCUAAGCUAAACAAACAAUUACCAUCUUGGGUUUUGGGAAGGAGAAAAGGGAAAAUUUUCACCGUUUGUGUCAUUUUACAGAUCAGACUAAUUAAUCCAGAACAGUAAUGACAUAUUAAUGCAAAAAUCAUUACCAGUUGUGGCCCUAGUUGUUAUUAAAUAAUCCCUUUUAGCAGUUGCUGAUUCCUACAUAUAAAGCUUAUUUUAUUUAUCACUUUUUAACUUAAAAAUAGUCAUUGGCUUAAAUUGAAGAAGACACCUGUAUCGUUAAGUGUACUAAUUGCUUAUUUGUCUGUGAAAAUGUGGGACCCUGAAUACAUUUUCUCAGGAAAAAAAAAUGCUUUUUUUGUUAGUUGACGAAUUCCUUAAAUUUAGCUUUCCUGAUGCAGAGUCCAUAUUAUACCAAACUGUAGAUGCGGAUGUCCAAACAUUGGAGCGAGCUGUAGACAGGAGUUAAUUAUAUAAAUAACAGUUUACCUGAAUUCAGUCCACCUUCAGUCCUGCUUUUCCAGCAACUUGCUAAAACCCGACAGAAACUCCUGAUAAAGUAAUUGAAUCAAUUGACUGGCAUAUGGGCAAGAAACUUAGUGACUCAGUGCAAUCGUUAAAAUUAAAAGAUCAACCAAAAAUAGAGACUCUUUCUGUGGAUUCACAAAAGCACAAAACCUGAAAGCCGUUGAAGGACCCAACAUCAGAAAAGCUGGAAAAAGCAAUUUUUUUUAGCCAGCCAAUGGUUAGAAAUCCAUCAAGCCUUUAUUUUCUGUCUCCUGAUGGAGAAAUUAACAACAAAUUGGGGAGAACGAAAAGGGCGACAAGACAAAUGGCUUAAAGAAAUCUGUUCACUGUUAUCAUAUGCAGAUGAUGUGGCUUUUUAUAUUAGCUAAUGUUGACGAAUUGGGGAUUGUCAUCGGCGAACUCUUGCAGUUUGUUUAAAAGAUCGGACAGGCUUGGAAGUUACCUUGUGGGGGCGACAUGGAUGUAGAUUUUAAAGGGUGAUGUAUUGAUGAAAUUUACAACAUCAUGGACUUCACAAGGAAUUGGAUUUUACCGAUUAGUGCGUUUGGAGAUUCUUCGACGAACACUUUGGAAGGAAAGUGGAUUUCAUGGAUAUUACGGCGUGUUGGGUGGUUUAAUCUUGGCAAAACUAUGGAUUCUAAGUGACUGACUGGACACUUGAUGGAGCUUAUAGCACAACGUGACAGAUUAUGUGAUGGAAAUCGACUCUGCCGAUCGGAAUGUACAGUAUAAUGAGCUCUGUGGCGCUACCGACUUGGAGUCUGGCAGCAUCGUGCCGGAUUUAACGGAUGUUCCAGACUUUGGAAAUGUAAAUGGAUUUUUUUUUUGAGGAAUUUUGGACGGAUUCGAUGAAAUGAGAAGUCCGCUGCAUCGAACUUUCCGUCCCGUUGACUUUUCAAAGUCGCUCCUCUUCUGUUAGAUCCAGCUUUGAUGUUAAUAAUUGAGCCAUAUAUAAAUUAAUGGGCCUGCCUGCUUCUAUACACAGUGUGUCCAGUGAUGUGUGUGUGUGUGUGAUUGCGUGUGUGUGUAUGUAUGUGUGUGCGUGUGUGUGAUGAAGAUGAAGAUAAUGGCAGCGGCGACUGAUUAAAGUUAUGAUAAUUGAUGUUAUAACAAUGAUCAGGAGGGUAAUGAUGUGGAAAAGAUAAUUAGCAUUAUUAUAAUUAUUCAGCAUUUUGAACCUUUAUUGUCCAGUCAGGGAAAUUCAGUUUACACACACACACAAAAAAAUAAAAAUCUGCCCUAAUGUACUAUAAACACUGUAAAUUAUACAAAUGUGAUAUUUAAAAUUAAAACGUGGAACUUGAAGAUGGUGUUUGUAAUGAUGAUGAUGAUGGUGAUGGUUGUGGUUUGGGACCAAAGUCUUGAAGGAAACAGGGGGUGUCAGAGAAGGGUUAAGUCCUAAUCGCUGCUUUGGUUUCUUGUGUUUUCUGAUUGGACGAUAUAAAAAAAAAAAAAAACGUU